UUUAUUUAGAUUUGGAUAGAAUAACCUACUUUAAAACCAUCAUUACACUCAGAAAGAAAAACGCACAAUUCUCUGAUCGCUUAUUUGGUCCAGUUGAGCUGCAGAUGCCUGCCUCUGUUUAGGGAACAUUGGAGCAGGGAUUUUAAUCGGAGGAUUAGGCUCUACCGUGAAACUGUUAUCCUCCAUACAGGCACAGGUAAUCCAAUCACUGGUAACCUUCCAGCACAGCUCCGACAACACAUUUCCUCUCGAAUCGCCGCGGAGUGAGGGUAGAAAACGGCGCUAUGAGGCCCCAGCGAAGAGCCAGGUGACAGAAUGCCGUUCAUUAUAAGGGGAAGACCCCUGAGGGGGGCACAGUAUGCCAACAACAGAAGGUCCACUCCCUCCACUGACGCCUCAGCGCUCUGGUCAGAAAGCCACACCCGUCUACACCAACUCCAUGCACCAGAGCCCCUGCAGGCCCCACCCAGCACUGGCAAACCUGUCGGCUCCUCCUGUGGCCUCCACGGGGCCAACAGUGGCAUUCAGGGCCUUGGUGGCACUGGUUCAGGUGUCAACCCUGUCUUUGCUUGGCAUGCUGCCAUUAACGCUGCUCGUCAAGCACAGGGCGAUGGUGCAAAGCCCGACAUGAGUUCACAGCCCUCAGUUUGCACCACUGCACCAGCUCCUGUGGGCUCACUGGCGCAGAGGAAGAGGCAGCAGUACGCCAAAAGCAAAAAGCAGGGAGGAUCUACUAACAGCAGACCGCCCAGAGCUCUGUUCUGCCUCACCCUCAACAACCCGAUCCGCAGGGCCUGCAUCAGCCUGGUGGAGUGGAAACCAUUUGAUAUCUUUAUACUGCUGUCUAUUUUUGCCAACUGUGUGGCCUUAGCCAUCUACAUCCCCUUUCCUGGAGACGACUCCAACUCUACCAACCAAGAACUGGAAACAGUAGAAUAUGCCUUCCUGAUCAUUUUCACUAUAGAGACAUUUCUAAAAAUUAUUGCCUAUGGUCUGGUCAUGCACCAAAACUCUUAUGUCAGAAAUGGCUGGAACAUGCUGGACUUCGUCAUCGUCAUUGUGGGGUUGUUCAGUGUGGUCCUGGAGAUGAUAACCAAAGACGCUGACUCUGGCGGCCAGUCUGGAGGCAAACCUGGGGGGUUUGACGUCAAGGCCCUUCGAGCCUUUCGCGUGCUACGACCCCUUCGCCUUGUCUCAGGAGUUCCCAGUUUACAGGUGGUUUUAAACUCCAUUAUUAAAGCCAUGGUUCCUCUGCUUCACAUCGCUUUGCUGGUCCUUUUCGUCAUUAUCAUCUACGCCAUCAUCGGCCUGGAGCUCUUUAUUGGCAAAAUGCAUGCCACGUGCUAUGUGAUACAAACAGGUGCCCUCGCGGAAGAAGAGGCCACGCCGUGUGCAGUAUCGGGGCAUGGCCGUCAUUGCCUGCUCAAUGGUACAGUUUGCAGAGAGGGCUGGCAAGGCCCCAACAAUGGCAUCACCAACUUCGACAAUUUUUUAUUUGCCAUGCUCACUGUAUUCCAGUGUAUCACCAUGGAGGGCUGGACCGACGUUCUCUACUGGAUGAAUGAUGCAAUGGGCUUUGAGCUGCCGUGGGUCUACUUUGUCAGUCUUGUGAUCUUUGGAUCCUUCUUUGUCCUCAACUUGGUUUUGGGUGUGUUGAGUGGAGAGUUUUCCAAAGAGCGAGAAAAGGCCAAAGCUCGGGGAGAUUUUCAGAAGCUACGUGAGAAGCAGCAGUUAGAGGAAGACCUGAAGGGCUACCUGGACUGGAUCACCCAGGCCGAGGACAUUGACCCCGAGAAUGAGGAGGAGGGAGACGAGGAGAGCAAGCGUAACCCGAGCAUGCCCACUAGUGAGACCGAGUCUGUGAACACAGAGAAUCACAAUGGAGUGGAGGACAAAUCACCCUGCUGUGGACCUCUGUGUCGUCAGUGGCGACGGUGGAACCGUUUCUGUCGCAGGAAGUGUCGUGCAGCCGUGAAAUCUGUAACGUUUUACUGGCUGGUCAUCAUCUUGGUGUUCCUCAACACUCUCACCAUUGCCUCUGAGCACUACAACCAGCCAGACUGGCUGACUGAAGUACAAGAUGUAGCCAACAAAGUUCUCCUGGCAAUGUUCACCUUGGAGAUGUUAGUGAAGAUGUACAGUUUGGGGCUGCAGGCCUACUUUGUGUCCCUGUUUAACCGCUUUGACUGUUUCGUGGUGUGUGGAGGCAUCAUAGAGACCAUCCUGGUGGAACUGGCCAUCAUGUCUCCGCUGGGCAUCUCUGUUUUCCGCUGCGUACGUCUCCUGAGGAUCUUCAAGGUUACACGUCAUUGGGCCUCUCUCAGUAACCUGGUGGCCUCUCUGCUCAACUCCAUGAAAUCCAUCGCCUCCUUGUUGUUGCUGCUCUUCCUCUUCAUCAUCAUUUUCUCCUUGCUUGGCAUGCAGCUUUUUGGGGGAAAGUUCAACUUUGACGAGACUGUGACCAAAAGGAGCACGUUUGAUAACUUCCCCCAGGCCCUGCUCACUGUGUUCCAGAUCUUGACAGGAGAAGACUGGAAUACGGUGAUGUAUGAUGGCAUCAUGGCGUACGGCGGUCCGGCCUCCUCUGGAAUGGUGGUCUGCAUUUACUUCAUCAUCCUCUUCAUCUGUGGAAACUACAUCCUGCUAAACGUCUUCUUGGCCAUUGCUGUUGACAACCUGGCAGAUGCGGAGAGCCUCAACACAGCACAGAAGGAGGAAGAAGAGGCCAAGAAGAGGAAGAAUAGUGCCAAGAAUGCAAGCACAGAUAAGAAGAGAGUUGAAAUAAACGAAGGGAAGGAUGGCGAGGCCACGGUGCCAGCAGCGGUCUUGCUGGAGGAAGACAAGGAGUUGUAUCCUACUGUUGACUCUCCAGUGUGCGACGAUGACAACAAUAACGAUGACCUCCCAGAAGUCCUGCCAGGGCCACGCCCUCAGAGGCUGUCUGAACUCAGCAUCAAAGAGAAGACACCCCCCAUCCCAAGGGGCAGUGCCUUCUUCAUCUUCAGCAGCACUAACCCGUUUCGUGUAUUCUGCCAUAAGCUGAUCAACCAUCAGAUUUUCACCAACCUUAUCCUGGUUUUCAUCAUGCUCAGCUCCGUCUCUCUGGCUGCUGAGGACCCAAUACGCAACUUCUCUGCUCGCAAUAUUAUCCUAGGCUAUGCAGACUAUGUCUUCACUAGUAUGUUUACAUUUGAGAUCCUUAUUAAGAUGACAGCGUUUGGAGCAUUCCUACAUAAAGGGGCAUUCUGCAGAAACUACUUCAAUCUUUUAGACCUGCUGGUCGUUGGUGUGUCUCUGGUCUCCUUUGGCAUUCAGUCCUCUGCAAUCUCAGUGGUGAAGAUUCUCCGUGUUUUGAGGGUCCUCCGUCCGCUCAGGGCCAUCAACAGAGCCAAGGGACUAAAGCACGUGGUCCAGUGUGUGUUUGUGGCCAUCAGGACCAUCGGCAACAUCAUGAUCGUCACCACGCUGCUGCAGUUCAUGUUCGCUUGUAUCGGAGUGCAGCUCUUCAAGGGGAAAUUUUAUCGCUGCACUGAUGACGCAAAGUCCAGCCCAGAGGAGUGCAAAGGUACCUACAUUCUCUACAACAACGGGGACACAGCGCUGCCCAUGGUGAAAGAGAGGAUCUGGUACAACAGUGACUUCAACUUUGACAACGUCCUCAUGGCCAUGAUGGCUCUUUUUACUGUCUCCACCUUUGAAGGAUGGCCCACUCUAUUGUACAAGGCCAUUGACUCUAACAGAGAGAACAUGGGUCCCAUCUACAACUACCGCAUCGAGAUCUCCAUCUUCUUCAUCAUCUACAUCAUCAUCAUCGCCUUCUUCAUGAUGAACAUCUUUGUCGGUUUUGUUAUCGUCACCUUUCAGGAGCAGGGAGAGAAGGAAUACAAGAACUGUGAGCUGGACAAGAACCAGCGUCAGUGUGUGGAAUAUGCUCUUAAAGCUCGUCCUCUGCGGCGCUACAUCCCCAAAAACCCCUACCAGUACAAGUUCUGGUAUGUGGUCAACUCUACUGGCUUUGAGUACGUCAUGUUUGUCCUAAUCAUCCUCAACACCCUGUGUCUGGCUAUUCAGCAUCAUGGUCAGUCUCAUCUGUUCAACUAUGCCAUGGACAUCCUCAACAUGGUCUUCACUGGGGUUUUCACUGUGGAGAUGAUCCUCAAGCUCAUCGCCUUCAAACCCAGAAACUAUUUUGCUGAUGCAUGGAACACGUUUGAUGCCUUAAUUGUUGUGGGUAGCGUGGUUGACAUUGCCAUCACUGAGAUCAAUAACACUGAGGACAGUGCUCGCAUCUCAAUCACCUUCUUCCGCCUGUUCAGAGUGAUGCGAUUGGUCAAACUGCUGAGCAGGGGGGAGGGCAUCAGGACUCUGCUAUGGACCUUCAUCAAGUCCUUCCAGGCUCUUCCCUAUGUUGCACUCCUAAUAGCCAUGCUGUUCUUCAUCUAUGCUGUAAUUGGAAUGCAGGUGUUUGGGAAAAUAGCAAUGGUGGAUGGAACACAAAUCAACCGCAACAACAACUUUCAAACCUUUCCUCAAGCUGUUCUGAUGCUCUUCAGGUGUGCCACAGGUGAGGCCUGGCAGGAGAUUAUGCUGGCCUGUCUGCCAGGGAAACUGUGUGAUUCAGAGUCGGACUACAACCCCGGAGAGGAGAGAACCUGCGGCAGCGGCUUCGCCAUUAUCUACUUCAUCAGCUUCUACAUGCUCUGUGCUUUCCUGAUCAUCAACCUCUUUGUAGCAGUCAUCAUGGAUAAUUUUGAUUAUCUGACCCGUGACUGGUCCAUUCUUGGGCCGCAUCACCUGGAUGAGUUUAAAAGGAUCUGGUCCGAAUACGACCCUGAAGCCAAGGGCAGGAUAAAGCACCUUGAUGUGGUGACUCUGCUGAGGAGGAUCCAGCCUCCACUGGGCUUUGGCAAGCUCUGCCCUCACAGAGUGGCCUGUAAGCGUCUGGUGGCGAUGAACAUGCCCCUUAACAGUGACGGAACUGUAAUGUUUAAUGCCACCUUGUUCGCUCUGGUCCGCACUGCUCUCAAGAUUAAGACUGAGGGUAACCUGGAGCAAGCCAAUGAGGAGCUUAGAGUUGUGAUCAAGAAGAUCUGGAAGAGAACCAGCAUGAAGCUGCUGGACCAAGUGGUGCCCCCUGCAGGUGAUGACGAGGUAACAGUGGGGAAGUUCUAUGCCACCUUCCUGAUACAGGACUACUUCAGGAAGUUCAAGAGGCGCAAAGAGCAAGGUCUUGUGGGUAGGCGCUCAUGGGAGAGGCUGAACACCACCAUGGCUCUACAGGCUGGCUUGCGCACGCUGCAUGACAUUGGACCAGAGAUCCGUCGAGCCAUAUCAUGUGACCUGCAACAGGAAGGGCUAGUAGAUGCAAAUGCAGAGGAAGAAGAGGAAAUCUACAGGCGUAAUGGCGGUCUUUUUGGGAACCAUGUCAACCAUGUCAGUGCGGACCAGCAAGGCUACUCCCACCUGACCACUGUCACCCAACGGCCGUUACAGAUCCUGCCCUUCUCCUGCAGUGCCUCAGUUGAACCCAUCCAAACAGGCAGGAGAGCCAGCGAAGAGGAGGAGACAGAUAUGAACUCUUCACACAUCCAGUAUAAUCAUCAUCAUCACACCCCUCAUCCAUAUAAUUAUCCUUACUGUAUUUCCACUUGCCAUCAAUCGCCAAUACCCUCCAAUGCCAACCUCAACAAUGCCAACGUGCCCUUACUUCUCUCCAUGACCAAUGGGAGGCAGCAGAAGUGUUUGUUAAGGCGAGACCGUCCAUCCUCCGCCAAAAAUGGAUCAUCAGUGUCCACUUGCAGCAAAGGAGUACAUGACAAGCUUUGGAAGUCACACUCCACAAGGACACGCUACUAUGAGGCCUACAUUAGGUCAGAAAGCAGUGGUGGACUCUACCCAACCAUUCGCCGCGAGGAACGGGGGGGCGGGGACAGUGAUGAUGAACGAGGCUCAGGAGAGUACUACAGCGGGGAGGAGUUUCAUGAUGAUGACAUCAUGCUGACAAGGGACAGGUUAUCCAACAAGGACCACCAUGAUGCAGAGGGAGACCUUGACCUUGAGGUUUCCAGGGGCGACCACCAGCCUGAUGGUUACUAUAACGAUGAACAACAGCCGAUCUGCCAAGAUGGCAGAAGGUCACCCAGGAGAUGGUUUUUACCUUCACCUCAAGCCUCCAACAGACCAACAUUCAGUUUUGAGUGUCUUCGCAGAAGAAAUAGUCAGGAUGAGGCUCCUCCCUCUCCAUCCUGCACAGCUCUUCCACUACACCUGGUGCAGCAACAGGUAAUGGCUGUGGCCGGUCUCGAUGCCAGCAGAAUUCACCACCUGUCUCCUGCACGGUCACUACGCUCCUGGGCCACACCUCCCGCAUCACCCAUCAGACGCGACUGCUCGCCCUGCUACACACCACUCAUACAGGUGGAUUGGCGCAGUUCCUGCAGCGUCGGCAGCAUCCCCACAGCAGUGAAGAGGAGUUCGUGGUAUACAGACGGCCAGGAAGGUCCUCCCAGCCGCAGUCACUCUCCGUCACGUCUGCAUUUGCCUGCAGAGAGCUGCUCACACUUCCUGCAGAAGAGAGGCAGCGCCAACAGUCUGGUGGAGGCUGUGUUGAUCUCCGAGGGUCUGGGGAAAUACGCCAGGGACCCCAAGUUUGUGUCAGUGACCAAACAUGAAAUUGCAGACGCCUGCGAGAUGACCAUCGAUGAGAUGGACAGCGCUGCUAGUAACCUCCUGAAUGGGAGUAUGGAUAACAGCAACACUGUGGGAACGGGGAAAGUCAGCUCGGACCCACAUGCCACCGCACUUCUUAGAGACAACAUUAUCCGUGACUACAGUGAUGAGGAGCCGUACGUGGCUGUGAAAUGCGAGGAGGACCUAACAGAUGAGAUGAUAUGCAUCACGUCGCUAUAGCAGCGGCUCACACUGGAUUAUUUAGGUUUUUUUCAAUUGAAUUUCGACUCCUAUUCCACAGUGAAGUGAUGUCUCUGUUCAAGGGAAUCCUGCUGCAGAAAAUAUAAAACACGGAUGGAUAAGAGAACAAAGUGCCUUGUUUUCUCUUUCUGUGGAGUGGAAACGUAGGAGAGGUUAGAGAAAUGGAUGGAUUCAUGAAAGACCUGAGAUACAUUCAGCAAAUAUUGAAACCAGAGAGAAUCACCUGCCAUUUAGCAGGAAUUCGGGAUACUCCCUGGAGGUUGUUUUCCAUUUACUUUAUUAUUAACAGUAAUUUCAUACAGCAGAAUAACCUGGCAGCUUCACCAAGCCGGCCCAAAGCUCAUAUGUUAGUUUGUCCAACAGCAGCUGAAAGCCGGACAGUUUGACAUACGGUAAUGGUGAUGUGAUAACAGUUACGUUAGAUGUGCAGUAUGUAAGCGCUUGGUUAUUCAUAAAUUUUUUUAUUGUUUUGGCACUUUACUGCAGCACAUAAAAUGAAAUUAAAAUAAAACAGCAAUGGCUUUAAUUUGUGGGUGUUUGCAGCAUAGUGGGUGAUCAAUGUUGGGAUUGUGUCAGUGUUCUUCUGCACUGUCCUAACAUAGUGUGACCUUGAGUCCUACACUGCUCACUCAAUAUGAAGAGGCAAUCCAACAGAAAACAUGUCUCUGACACUUACAGACUGCACUGAAUGAAAUGUGUCAGUCAGUGAGUGCUGCAAUCUGGUGGAGUGUUGGAGGGCGUCACAUUGAUGUCUCAAAGAGUGACGCUGGCUUUGCAAAGCUGCAUUUGUCCUGCUUCAAAAUGUCUUUGGCUAUCCAAUGAUUCCAAGACUCCCUGUAUUCAGCUGCGUUUCAUUUCAUGUAUAUAUGUGUGAUUUUAACCUUUAGUGGUCAUCUGCCACUGGUUAUCUACAUUACAGUCUGGCCUCCACAACUCAAAUAAUACAUAAAAUGUGCUACAAACAUAUAUAUUAUAUAUUUUUUGUUAAUGUAUUUCAGCUAAUCUCAGUGCAGACUGAUGAUCAGGCUGACCAAAGCCAUCACAGCCAGCAGGUAUGACUCCAGGAGCUGCUUGGGGUUCACAGUAGAUGGUUUCAGGGUUAAACGCUACUUGUGUACGUGUCUCAGUACUUGACUUGAAAAGGAAACGACAUAUCAACGAAAAAAAAUACUUUGUCCUCAGGCAUAUCUCUCUGUUUCUUGUGCUUGCUGAUAUGACACACAAAAGAACUUACCAUAAGCCCUUCCCCCUUUACACCAACUAAAGAGACACUGACAGAAAUUUUACUUGAUUACUUUAAAUACGCUGAAAGUAAAGGAAAAUUUAGGAUGAUAAUGUCCCAGACUUGUUUCUAUAGUGAUCUUUAACUUUUAUCAAAGCCCCUUGAAAACUGUGAGACCAUUUCAUUGUUAAAAACUCAGAAUAUGCAAUGAUUGACUUUACUCAGACCUGCUUUAGAGUAUUUGAACAAGAAUUUAUGAAAAUAAAACUGCCUGAACGUUCAUGCUUUGACAAUGUAAGAAGACUUACAUGUAUAGUAAUAUUUCUGUAUGGCACAUACAAAAUGAUGGUGUGUCACACAGUCUUACCAGUCUGAUAUGUGAAACUGCUGCAUGACACUUCAACUACUAAUAUGUUUUACCCAUCUGUGACCAAUCCUGAAAAGGAAACAUGAUGCAGAGAUUCCUGCCUCAUAGCUGAAGUCAUCAUGACAUUAUCGUCUGUCUGAUGUUAGUCUCGAGUCAUGUUUAGCGCAGUCUUUUACUGCGUCAACAGCUGGAAAGUUUUGCUUUAGGCAACUUAAGUUCUGUCAAUUGCACCUCACAUUUGAUGGGUUGCAUCUGCUAUAAUUAAGUGGAGUUUCUCACAGGCAUCUGAGCGCUUGUUUAAUGGUGAGGCAGAUGACAAAAGGAGAUCUUAAACACAAAGGUCUGACAUAUAUUUGCUGUUUGUCACUAUCUACAUAGUGUAUAUUUACGCCACAACAGAAAAGGAAACUAUUUUUUUUUUUCCUGACAAUAUAUAAAUUCAGUGUAUUGUUGGGUGUAUAUAAUGUGUUCUAUGAAUGAAAUGAUUUAUGUUAGCUGUUGCCUUUUUGGUGUACGAUUUAUUUUUGUUCCAACACCAGUUUGAGUGCACAAGAUGUGCAGAACAGCGGCUGUGUGUGAAGGGAGAACUUCACUACCUGCUCGUAGAUAAAAACACUGAAGAGAGGCAACAUUUCUCACCUGCUGCUCUUCACAUUUGCUCCACUACUGACCUGUGUUUGUCUACCAAUGCCAAUUGUAACAACGUCUUCAGGUCAACUUUUACAAACCAACUCUAGUAUCGUGGCAGGGCACUCUUGUUUUUCCUUUUUUUUCCUCAGUCUAAACACUGUUGCCAGGGCAACUUGUUUGUUCUGUGCAGUCAAAGGGCUCCUUCAGAUUCAAAACCAAAACAAGGGAUCAUUAAGUGCAUUUACACGCACGUCAAUAUUCAAAUAUUAUUCCAGAUACAACCAUGUCUUUCCAUUUUGAAGUUUUUGUAGUGUCACCAUUUCUGGUGACAUACGUUGAAAGGACAGUUUGCUGCUGUUGUGUUCUUGCAUACAGAUGAUACUGAUAUACAGAUUAAUUUAACCUACAUUGGGAUAUAAGCUAAUAUCUGGAAUAUGUACUGUAAAUUCACUCAAUCCUUCUUCUCUCCAGAAGAUUCACAUAUUUACAGGUUUUAAUGGCCAAAACAGCUGAUAAAUAUGACUUAUGCAUUUUCUAAUUGCAUGAAAAUCCGUGUUUAAUUAAGAUUUUGAACAAUUCUUAUUACCUCUGUAACUAUCCAGGUGUUGGUUAACGUGUCAGGGAAACUGUGGCAAAGCCUGCAUUUGCACAAAAGGGAAAAAAAGUUCUUUGAAGUAGUAAUAAUGUAAAAGCUUUUUGUGUUAAUCAUUUUCUACAGUGAUCUGAUUGGCCAUGAUUCAGUCACUGGUUAUGAUUGGUUAAUGGUUAUCAGAGACUCGCACCUCCGAAAACUCCAAAGACAGAAAAGUCAGAAAAUCAGGUGAUUACAGGAUUAUACUAAUUACAGGAUCAAAACCAAUUUUUAAUUAAAAAAUGAAUCAGUCAAUUAGUGCUAUCAUUGAUUGGUUUCACAAACAUCACUGUUUUAAAACAAUCUAAACUGACUGACCAAUACUGCACGACAUUGUACAGUCCAGAUUUACCAUGAGUCCCUGUGGCUCACAACAUGUCAGAAAAAGUAAUAGUAAUCUUUUUUUCACACUACAACUACCCAAAUACAUCAAAACUUUUAUCAGAGGAAACAGAGUGACAAAAAACAACACAAAGCUUUGUUGUGCAACUGACAGCUUUAUUUUAUUUUUGUACUGUUCCACUGCUUUACAGAUGUCUAUGGAAUGACAACAACAUAUACAAUCUGUACAGUGUUUGUAAAAAGUAAGUGAUUAACUUGAAAAUUUCUGCUUUCUAUCCAUUUGUUGUUUAGAAAUUUAAAAAUAUAGCUCUAUCUACUUUGUAGCAUCAGUACUAGUACCUUAUAGAUUUUGUACCAAACAAGAACCCUGUUUUGUACAUUUGAAUUAUUGCCUGAAAUGAACCUGCUGAGGAAUUUUGUAUGGUUCACUGAAUAAAGUCACACGGACAUGGACUGGA